AUGGUUCCAAUGUACCUUUGGCUGCUGAGCUUUUUGAAUGAUGUUGUGGGCGAGAAAAGCGACUUCCUAGCACAACAUGGCGACUCUUAUGGCUAUGGUAUGCAGAACUUUGAAGCUUUUGUACAUCGAGAGUUGGGCCAACGUCUAAAGGGUGAUGUGUACCUGGACUAUGCUGCUGCGGGACUCUACACCAACACGCAGAUAGAUGCGCACGCCGAAGAUCUAAAGGAACAACUCUAUGGCAACCCGCAUUCUCUGAGCUCGUCAGCACAACGCAGCUCUGAUUCAGUGGAAGCUGCCAGGGAGGCAGUUCUCGAAUUCUUGGGAGUUCCGAAAACUUCUUCAGAGCCCGAGUACGAAGUAGUCUUCACCAGAUCUUGCACAGACUCGUUGCAUUUGAUUGCUGAUAUGUUCCCUUGGACCGCAAAUCGCUCGGAGUACAAAUACUUGCUACAGAACCACAACUCUGUUCUUGGAAUCCGAGACGUUGCAAGAGAUACUUCGGUUGAAGCAUCUGUCGUGGAAUCCGAGAAGGUGGACGAUUGGCUUGACAGGCUGGCCACUGAAAUUGACACAGAUGAUGGCCCUCUCUCACUGUUUGCAUAUCCAGCGGAAGAGAACUUUGCUGGCCAGAUCUUUCCUUUGAGAUGGAGUCAAAAGAUUGCAAGUCGACAAGGCAGGCUGAAGAACUGGCGCGUCCUGAUGGAUGCAGCCAAAUUUACAGCGAGUCAUCCACUGAAUCUUACUGAAGCUCAGCCAGAUUUUGUGACGCUCUCUUUCUACAAGCUCUUUGGAUACCCCACUGGGGUUGGGGCUCUGGUAAUUCGCUCAGCCACAGCUUCAGAACUGAAGAAGCACUACUGGGGAGGGGGGACUGUCUCCAUUGCUGGAGCAGGGCGUACUGCCAGCGAUGAUGUGAAAGUGUUCAAGGGGAGAAUCGCAGAGAAAUUUGAGGAUGGCACUGUGGCCUUCCUCGGUAUUGCUGCCUUGAAGCAUGGCUUCACUGCACUGGAAAAGGUGGGUGGUAUGGUGGCCAUCGAGAAGCACACAAGUUCUCUGGCCAGCGAGCUGCAUCACUUGCUUUUGGAUCUCAAGCACUCGAACGGCGAGCAGGUCAUCGCCAUGUACAGCCGUGACCGUGGACUUGAUGAUGGGAGACUUGUCCAGGGGCCUGUUGUCACUUUCAACAUCUUGGAAACCGAUGGCACUUUGAUCAGCCACAUAGAAGUGAUGGCAGAUGCAGCCAAGGCCGGGAUCCAUCUGAGAGCUGGGAUGCACUGCAAUCCUGGAGCUGCGAGUGCGAAGCUGGGACUUCCACCAGAAGCCAUAGCUCAAUUGGCUGAGGACCCUACAACGCAGGGGUGCGGCUUUGGGCCUGCUUUUGUGACAUGCUCUGCCACUGCCGUACGACAAGUAUUUGACGGUUCUUGUGGCGCGGAACUCCACACAGGCAAACCGGUGCAGCAGACCUUCGGUCCUGAGCUUUGGGAGAUGCCAUUGGGCUCCGUUCGUGUAAGCUUGGGGUACUUGAGCACAUAUGAGGAUGUCCAAUCCUUGGUGAAUUUCAUCGUGAACAAAUACCGCAAAUGA